AUGAAAUUGAGUUUCUUGACCACAAAGAACGACUUGAUUACCAGUAGCAUGGCUCAUCAGGAGAAACACCCAUGUUUGAAGGAGAAGUCUGAGCGUGGUGAGUGUGCGCAGGAUCCAUUGUGGAAACCGGAAGGGAAAGUGUAUAGCCCGGGUGUUGUGGGUCUUCAUGAGGAAAUCAUAGAUUUUGUGGAUUAUAUUGGUCCAUCGUACGAAGGAUGUUUUUUGCGGGAGAUAAUUAUCUCAAAGGUGCGGGACCUCGUUUCUUCCCUGUGGCCUGAAUGCAAGGUUGAGGUUUUCGGGAGCUUUAGCACUGGUCUUUAUUUGCCCACGAGUGAUGUGGAUAUAGUCCUGUUUGGCAAGUGGGCGCAGCUGCCCUUAGGUACCCUGGAACGGGCGCUGAAGGAGAACAACUUCGCUACUGAUAUUAAGGUCAUAUCAAAGGCGACAGUGCCGAUCGUGAAGUUUACGGACGCUGACACUGGACUGCAUGUUGAUAUAAGCUUCAAUGUGACAAACGGUGUACGCACCACAAAAUUUGUGCGGAUGUGUCUUGAGAAUUAUCCCUGUCUUCGUUACCUCGUCUUAACACUGAAGCAGUUCCUUCUUCUGCGUGAGCUUAACGAAGUUUGCACUGGAGGUCUCAGUUCUUACGCUCUUGUAUUGAUGUGCAUAUGUUUUUUACAGCAAAACAAUAUGAAGAACGAGAGCAUAAAUUCCAUAAACUUGGGAACUCUGCUUUUGGAAUUUUUCGAGUUCUACGGGAUUCGAUUCAAUUACAGGAGAACAGGGAUCAAAUUUUCGGGAAAUUGGUCUUUUAUCUCCAAAAUGUCAUCGGAAGUGAAGAAUUAUUACCUAUUCGAUCGUUUCUUAUACAUUGAGGAUCCUCUUUAUCCGGGUCAUAAUGUAACUGGAGGUUCUUACGCGUCGGACAUGGUUUUGGCCGCAUUCAAGCACGCCUAUCUUACGUUAACUGGUAUUUUGCGCAAUAAUGUUAAGAGGGCUAGGACGAUGUUAUCGUCCAUAUUGUAUGUAUAG